AUGACCAAAACGUGCGAAGAUUCCUGGGAGGAGCUCGGGACACGCCCAAGUUUCGCACUUGCACACGGUUUCUCACCGGGGCACGUCCAUGCCGGUGGCAAUUCGCAGUUUCCCAUUGCGUCGCCCUUCUGUCAGGCUCCGCCGGUAUCAAACUGACGACUUGUCAGAUUGAUGGCUCGAAUUGGCGACUGGUCAGGUGUUAACACAGUGAGAGACAGGCCAAGGGAUUCAAAUGAGCUACAAAUUAUUGGAGACGGAAAAAAGAGUUAUUAAACUAGUCCGAGUAUACCUUAGGAGUGAGUUUUAGUUUGAUGUUUAUGGGGUUUUCGGAAAAAUCAGCUUGAAGGGAAUCCAAAAAGCCCUAAGAAGAAGUGUUCUUCUACUGAAAUUUUUUCGAAGUUUAUUCAAAAAAGGCAUUCAAAAGCUAACCAAGUUCUCAGAACAACCAAAGGCUUGUAAACUUACCAUAGAUCGCUAUAAUAUUUUUGAAAGUUUAUAGAAGAGAAGACCUCUCUAGAUGGUCCAUAGGAGCUUCAGAACGAACUUUGAAAGUCUAUUCUGAACUAAAUUCAAAAAAAUUUAAUUACUGAACAGGUUAUGUACAAUUACCUAGCACUACAGUGAGACUUGAUGGUAUUUUAAAAAAAAAUUGAAAAAAUCUUUUUGAAUCAAACAACUUUUGUCAUUCAAAUACAAGCUAUUAGUUGAAUGAGAAGGGCCUUGGACAAUUCAAAAGCAAAACCAACAAAAAAAAAGAGAAAGCGAUAAGAACGAAAAAACAAUAAAGAAAAAGUCGGAGUAGGAGCAACCGCUCCCAAGGGCCCAACUUGGAUAGAAUGACCAAGUUUGGGACCAUUCUCCUUCUUGGAGCUUGGGCGUGGCCCAACUCUACAGCUUGGACACGCCCAAGUUUUCCCCUCGGCACACGGGUUCUCACUCCGACACGCUUUUGCCUCUGGGAUUGCUCAGUUUCUCAUUGUUCUUGACGCCUUUUCGGCAAGUUCCGCCGGAUCCAAAUUGACGCCUCUUCAAAGGGACGGCUCAAACUUGCUUCUUAUUGAGUGUUAAGACGGAAAAAAUUGUCUAGGGCUCUGGGAACGUUGGGGGUAAAUAAUUUUAGAAGCACCAUAAGAAGUACAUCAAAGAUUUUUCUGGUCAAUAUUUUUUAAAAACUCCACAGUUCAAAGUAAAAUGACCUCUCUUGUCAGACCCACUAGCACCUUAGAAAACUUAAAAAACGUACAAAAUUUUUUGAAGCAGCUUCAAAAUUUUGAAAUGGUCUAACCAUAUGUAGGGACCGCAAGCCAUUUCUUCAGAACGAUUCAAAAAAUAUGUUUUUCACAUUGUUCGAUAGAGGAGACUGUCCAUUUUCAUAAUCCGUUUAGUGUUUGAAAAAAGCUCCACUAAGAAAAAAGUUAUGGCCAAAAAACGAGCGCGCGCGGCGUACAACUGGAGGCAAAAUCUCACGGUUUACCCGCUGCCGCACGCUUUCUUUUUAAAUGUUUUUUUGCGCGUUUCUGGACCGUUUUUAAAUCGGUUUUCUGUUUUGAGAAGUUGUCCGAACUGAGCCUCAUGUUUUGGUAUGAAUCUUUUUGUACAAUCCUCAUAAGAAUUUUUUUGAUAAAAUAUCAAAAAAACUACCUAGAAAAAAAGGUCAAAGGGAUUUUUUUCAGCUUAUUUUUUUCUUUUUUUCUACUCAGAAAAAAAUUAUUAUCAUUCGAUUUGGAAAAAAAGAAAAAAAUGAAAAAAAUAAUGUUAUUUCGAAAUAAAAACAGGAAAAAAAGUGCAAUUUGACUCCGAAAAAAACGGCUCCUGCAACAUUUAAAAGGGCGCAUCGGUGUGUUUGACGCAAACACUGCUACGGACACUUGCACGAAAUCUUCCGAAAUUUCAAAAAAAUUGCUAUUUUUUUCGAGGUUUUUCAAAGCCGUUAUUUUUUUUCGCGUCGAUCGAUUUUUUUUCAUAAUUUUUUUCAUUGGUAGAGUUUUUGAACGCUUAAUAACAUAAUCAAAAAGUAUAGACGCGAUCCUAUUCUCUCAUGCGUCAACGAGGCAGGCGAAAAAAAGGAGGUUUUGGUAAAAAUUCAAAUAUAAUUUGAUUCGCUGUCCCAAUAAUUAUUUUCAUUUUGAAUUUUUUUAUUUUUUUGGACACACUGUUAGUUUUUAAAUCGAAUAAAAAAAGUAUACCAUGUCGCUGAAAUUUUUUCGCAUUUCAGCUUCAAAGUUUGGUGUCACUUUACAAGCUUUAAUAUUUUUUUCGCGUCGGUAGAUUUUUUUUAUUUUCACUCAAAAAAUAAAGAAAGUGUAAAUGUAUAACAUAUUUAAAAUUUAGAAGCGUUCCUCACUUGGUUUUCUGAAACGCGACGUUUUUGUGAAACUUGUCAGUUUUUUUCGUGUUAAAUCUUACUUUUUCGCUUAUUUUUGAAAAAAACAUAGUUUUUAAAAUAUUCAGUCUUGUAGAGCGUUGUCGAUUACAUAGAUUAGCAGAAACAGUUCAUUUUUAAAGUGGGACUUUAGCUAGUAUAAACGCCUCAAAACCGUUUUUGCAACAAAAAAAUCGUCAAAUCGGUGGCGUGAAGGGGCGGGGCUUUGCGCCCCCUAACCAUAUGGUUUCCUUUGAUCCUAAGCCCUACUUUUACGAAAAUUCGAAAGUCCCGGAAGGCCUUGGGGAUCAUUAUCACAACACCUGGGCAAGUGAAAAACUUAAUAAGUCCGUGAAAAGUGGUUGACUUACAAAAAUUCGUAAAAUGAAGCAGAAAAUCAACCUUGAGCCCCUAGUACUGGCUUCAAAUUGAGAAGGCUUAGGGCAUUCCUAAAAAGGGAGCUAUUUUUUGUAUCCUUUCGAACUUGAAACUUUGCUGAAUUGUACUUUCAGACCUCCUGAUCCCAGAAAAAUGUAAAAUUUCUUGUAAUAGAUCUUUUUUCGAGUUAUGAUGCCUUGAAAGCUUCAAAAAACGUCCUUUUUUUAAAUAUUCCUUUAAGCUCACAAACAUUGAGGGUCAUAACUCGAAAAAAAGAUCUAUUGCGAGAUUUUUCUUGUUCUAAGAUCAGAAGUUCUCAAGUACAUCUCCCAGCAGAGUUGGAUCGAAAGUUCCUUCAAAAAAGUUCUAAAAAGGUUGUGUUGUAAUAAUAUUUGAAUAGUGAGAUGAGGUUCUAAGUAUCAUCAGAGGCUUCAGCCGCACACGCUCCUGCCUCAAGCACCGACAUCAAUUUUCGCUUCCCCGAUACGUUCCCCCCUUUGUCGAGUUCCGCCGGUCCGUCAACUUGACGAGCCGUUCAUGCGAACCUCACAGGUGGAGUCGGUUUCUCCAAGAUUGGGUGUCAAAACCGCCAGAGACAAAGAAGCAAACAAGGCAAUUAUGUCGACUCCUUGA